AUGUCUGCAGACUUGGUUGAGCAAGCAAAACAGCUGGCAUCAUUCAGAGCUAUCGACGAGCGGGUAUCUACCUCGACCAAAGUGAUUGGUAUUGGAUCUGGCAGCACCAUUGUCUACGCAGUGCAGCGUCUAGCAGAACGAUUCAAGCAAGAGUCGCUGCCCAUUCAAGCAUGCAUUGCGACAUCAUUCCAGGCUCAGCAACUUAUUCUUGAAGCUGGCUUACCCCUGGUAAUCAUUGAUGUGGCUUUUGAUGGUGCAGACGAAAUCGAUACUUCGUUAAACUGUAUCAAAGGCGGUGGUGCUUGCCACUUGCAGGAAAAACUGGUCGCUUCCAACGCCAAACUGUUUUAUCUGGUUGCCGACCAUCGCAAAGACUCAAAAGUGUUGGGCACACAGUGGAAACAAGGCGUUCCAAUUGAAGUAACUCCCAUGGUUUACGUCGCAGUCAUGCAAAAAAUUAAAACCAUGGGUGGCAAACCCACGCUGCGCAUGGCAGCAAAAAAGGCUGGACCUGUCGUUACUGACAAUGGUAACUUUGUCAUCGAUGCCGAUUUUGGAGAGAUUUGCGAUCCAGCUGCCCUUAAUGUCCAACUUAUUGGCGUUCCUGGAAUCGUCGAGACAGGUCUAUUCUGCAACAUGGUCAAUGGUGUCUAUUUUGGUUUACCAGAUGGAACCGUCAAGGCUGUAUGA